AUGGGAUGGGAGUGCCGGGGCUAUGGAAAAAGAAGGAGCCAAAAAAAUCUUCGAAAGGUCUCUCGAGAAAGUCAUCUUAAAACUUUGAAGAGUCGAUAUACCGGUUAUGAAGAUGCAGACAAAGAGAAUUUGUCGUCAACAAUAAUGAAAAAUAAACACAUCGAAGGAAGAAAGCAGGCAAACACUAUGUCAAAUACACAUUCAUCAAACGAUGAUGAUGAGAUCCAAUCAUUGUCACGGCUGGUAAGUAAGAGUCGUCGACGACGACGUCUACCCGAUGGUAAACCAUACGGUGGUGGUGCUGGUCGUAUGACUAAAAUGAUGGAACACAAGUUGGCAGAACAUUACGGUCUCGCAAUUCGACAAAGUAGUGAAUUAGCUAAAGACCUCAACGAGAAUGAUGCUGUAAUAUUAAUCGAACGAAAUUGCCGUGGUGCAUUUUUGCAUAACAUGAAGCAGAGCGAUCGAGAACUUCAACAUGCUCUGUGUCCAAAAGGACCUGAGUCCUGUUGUUCAUAUCAAAAAGAUAAAUAUCUUUCACCAAACGAAAAAACUGAUCCUGUCAAAGAUCACAAACGACUUGAUGCGGUAAGUGCGACUGUUUUUCUUUUACUUCACAUCACGGUUUGAUAAUGGUUCACAGAUUGUUCUCGAGAUCCUUUCUCCAAUGAUUGAUGCGCUGACUAAUCCAAUGCUGUUGUGACGGUGUCUACGAGGAGCUACGCAAAAUGCAAACGAAUCCAUAAAUCCCGUUGUGUGGUCGAUUCUGCCAAAAGCAAAAUAUCAUGGCUAACGAUCGAUACGAGGUGCUGCAGCAAUUUCAUCGCUAUUUUUCAACCGUGGUCGAUCAGGACUUAUCAAAUUUUUCGAUGAAAUUGGCAUUUCGAUCACAGACGAACUAUUGGCUGCUCUUUUGGGAAAAGAUUACAAGCGAAUGGAAAAAGCUGCGUAUAAUACUCAACGAAACGAGAUUAUCAAACAAAAAAAAGAAGAGCAGCGAUUUGAAGCAGAGAUGGCAGAGGAUAAAGAAACACACUAUGGUGCCGGAAUGUUCUAAAUCGUAGUCUUUGUUGAGUAGGAAUAAAAAUAAGCAUAUUUCGUACAUCAAAUGAAAAAAAGUUGUCGUCUGCUGGUUCAACUCCCUUUGUUCAUUCCGAAACGCUGCGCACGUUAUUUUAAAUUGAAUAACCGGACAGCUCAAUAGUAAUCGAAAGGCAUUUGUCCUCAUUGGUUAAGUCAAACCAGACUCCGUAAUAAAAUCCGUUAGUAUUAUAUGGAAGAGAGAAAAAAAUUGAAAAAAAAAACAACUUUUCUCAGGACAGCAUUUUUAAACGACAAUAAAACAAGGCUUUUACCAAUAAAAUAAAGUGAUAUCGAGAAAUAUGACCGAUAGAAAAGUUGUAGCCCUUGAAAUUCUCUAUUCAAUCAUAUGUAAAACAAUUUUUUAUG